AUGAACUUUAACCUUGCGUGGGCUCACUGGAGAUCGAGAUUGGAAAGGAAAGGGGUCCUCGAGGGUUCGAGAGCUCUCGAGAGGUUGGAAUUCGCCGAUGGGGAGGCCAUGGUUUUGAUUUCUCGGGAUUUAUCACCCUAUAAGGGCAAAGAAGCAGCGGGACAGGCAGCAGAAAAACAGAGAGAAAGAAAGAAAGAGAUAGAGAGUGAGUGA